AUGUUAAACAGGACAGAUUCUAACAAAGAUCUUCAGGAGAUUGGUGCAGCUAACUAUGCAGUAUUGGAAAGGAUAAGAGUGAACAGGAGAGAAGACCAUCUCAAGGUCAGUCAAUGCAAUAAACAGGCUUUCAACUGACAGAGUGUAAGAAAAUUAAUUGGGAAAUUUUGCGGGAUUUCCAGUCAGGCACAAAAAUGGGCAGACUUUGUGUUGCAAAUAAAUUUUAUUCUUUGAUUUCUCCAUCAGUUCUUUCAGCCUAGAACACCAUUAAAAACUUAUUGAAUUUACAACAACAUAGAAGAAGCUGUGCCCAAUGGUUCAAAACAUUUAGUCAACAGUCGUAAAUUUGCACUUAAGUUUGUUCUGUCCAGAUUCAUUUCAUGCAUUGCUGCAAGAGAUUCAGUUUUUGUUCUGCCUGAUUUAGACAGUUUUCCCGGUUCAGACAGAUCUUUGCAGACCUCAAUGGGUUGAAAAGGUCAUGGUUUGUGAUUUGUGAUUGGUGGAUUUUGAUCCAGUUUGUGUGUUUCUGUGUUUCAAAGUUCAUUGCUUUUGAACUUAAGAGUUUUAGCUCUCAAGUUUUUUUUUCCUUCUUAUUACUGAAACGAGGCAAGUUUGAAUGUAGAGCUUCCAAAUCCAGAAGAAACUCAGAUAUAGGAGGAUGAAAACAAAUCGGUACAUUUCCACCAACAUUUAAUAAUUGCAGCUUCUGCUCAUUAUUGCUGUAAUAUUUGACAAGCCACAAUUGGACACUAUGGUAAUGGUUUGAUUGACGUCUAAGAAAAACCCAAAGAUCUGAAACGUUUUUAAAAACGCAGGUUGCUUGUUAUCUAAAAGAGCUGUAAUACAACCGUAUAAGAAGAGAUCAUUUGAAAGUUACAAAUUUUUUUAUUUCAAAUCUUUUCUUUGUUGUUUCUUUUAUGUCAGGGAACAGUAUGUGGCUCAGUUCAAGCAACUGACAGGUUAAUGAAAGAACUGAGGGAUGUGUACAGAUCUGACAGUUUCAAAAGAGGUAACUUAUAGGUUUUGAUGUAUCUCAGUAAUUUACAUCCUCUUUACAUACAUGUACAUGUAUAUAUUUGUACAUGUACUUUGAAAAUUGCAAAUAUAUAUGUAGUGAAACUUCAAUAUAAUGAACCUCUAUAUAACAAGUCCUUGGUAUAACAAAUGAUUUUUUUUUACCCCAGUAACAGUGAAAUAUUUGAAAAAGAACCCUCACUAUAAGGAAACCUUGUUAUACUGAACAAAUUUUGUCAGCCCCUUGGCCCCUCAUUAGAUCGGCGUUCCACUGUACACUGUACUGUCAUGUGAUUCUUACACUGUAGAAGUGAUAGGUUUAAGUUCAAUUUCCAAAUGGACCAAAACUCUGAGGGUCCUUAUUACAUGUAACUGAGAAAAAUGUGCUGUUUUGUUUCACAUCUGUAGACAUUCUAGUCUUCUUGGAUAGUGAUGGAAUACCAUAGUCCUUGUUUCAUGUCAUGUCACUGAUUUGUGUCUGGUGGGUUGUAAAAGAUCCCACUCCCCUGUAGUUUAUUAGAGUGCUGGACAUACAUACAUGUACAUGUAGACCAUAGUAUUAUCUUGACCACCUCUACUGUUCAUUUCAUGGGUUGGCUCAGGGUAAAAGGGGAUCCGAUUCUUCAUGGCAAGUACAUGUACAUCUAAAUUUUGAUCUUUGGUAUACUAAGUAAAAAUAAUUAAUAGAAGUUUGCUGGGCCUAGUGGACAAGUGAAAUUAGCAUCAGUGGUCCCAUGAGCCUGUCUGAAUGUACGUGUCAGUGUUGGUAAAUGAUAAUUUCCAGACAGAGAUUAUUUCAAAACUGAAUGCUACAAGAUCAUUUGAGUGACACAAUAUAUUCAAAUAAUAUUAGUUGAAAGCAUGAAUCCAUUUAAAAUGCAAGUGCAUGUUUGCUUACUCAUGUUAUUCCUCCAGUCAUCAUAUUGGUCAAAUCCUAUAGUUAAUCUGUAUCUGUCACAGCAUUUAAUCUGAUACUCUAAAUUGUUAUAUAACUUAUUAUAUUAAAUUUAUUAUAUUAUAAAGUGGUGGCAAAUGAAAACUGAAAUUUAUUUUCCCACUUGGGAAGUGGAUUUCAAAUAUUUUUUUCCUGCCUUGUAUCAGUAAGGGACACAAGUCCGAUUUUAUCCCCUGUCAGGGUGGUGAUCCACCAUGGCAAGAAUCAAUAAACUAAGUGCUGAACUUUUCUCUUUAGGGACAUACUCUGUCUCUCUCAACAAUGAUAAUUUAUAUGACUGGACAAUAAAGAUUAUCAGGUGUGUAAAAUGUGUACAUUGUAUUUUACCCUUUGAGGUGGCUCUGGUUACCGUGUUGGACUGCAGUUGAGUUUCAGGUUUUCUCAGACUUCAUAGGCCAUUGUGUUUUAACUGUACAUUGUAGAUCACUGUGCCUGUAAUACAGGCAAACAAACAACAACAACACAUAGUUCCACAUAGUUCAGAUACAACAGUUAACACACUCAGUUAAUAUUUGCAGGCCUUCUGAAGCAUCCUUUGUUCCUUGAUUUUGAGAUACCUAUAUUUAUAACAGUCAUGAAUGGCACAUAUUUGUUUGAUGUCUUAGAUAAUACUAUGUCUAAAAUCUAUGAUGUGCAUUUAUUUCCUGUAGAGUUGACCCUGAUAGUACUUUACACAAAGAUCUGAUGCAGUUAAAAGCACAGGAAGAAACAGAUCAUGUCUUACUAAAUAUGACAUUUACAGUGAGUAACAUCAUUGAAUAAUCUUUGCUCCUAGAGGUGCAUUUAGUAAAAUUCCAGGAAUAUCACUAAUGGUGAAAAUCACUGGUGAAUGGUAGAACACGUUCCCCAGCUCCCUUCAAACAUGUUUUCCCUAGUCCAAAUUCAUUGAAAAUCUUUGAAGUUAUUGUGAUAUGUUUUUACAAUGAUCAUUCUUGUGUUUCCUUAUUUCAGGACAAAUUUCCAUUUGAUCCUCCUUUUGUCAGAGUCAUUUAUCCAGUUUUAACUGCUGGGUAAGUAGCCUUUGACGUCAAGAGAAAAGUAAAAAGAAAAACAAAAAGGAAGUGCUGAAUGCCAUGCUGAAACUUAUUAUUGACAUUUAUUAUGUUUAUCAGUGUAGUGUGUAUGUGCCACAUCAAUUAAGUUAAUGUACAUACAUAUGCCAUUGUUAUGGUGGCAAAUUUCCUACAUGCCAACAACCAAUGUGAACGGCAAGCUGUAAAACUGACUUUCUUUGUACUCUGGACAACACAGGUGCUAACUAAAUAGAUAAUUUUCCACAGCACCUAAAAACACACAUUAUUUAUUUGUCCUGUUUUUAUGCAAGUUUGUACCCUUCAGUACAUGAUAAUGCAAGAUUAUUACACAUGUACUGUUAUUUCCUCUUUAGUUAUGUUCUUAGUGGAGGAGCACUUUGCAUGGAACUUCUUACGCCUCAGGUAUGCAAGUUACAUUAACCUGGAUUUUACUCUUCUGUGUGACACCCUUAUGGCUAUUAAGACAAUGAUUAAUCUUAACAUCAUCAAAAUCAGUGUAAAGCGACAAAAUUGUGGAGGAGUUUCUCUUGUAAUUAUGAGGUACAUUUCAGAGACAAAACAGUCUGGACCCUUCCUUCAUCCCUUCAUUCAAAUUAAAAAGUUGGGGUGUUUGUCAAUGGUUUUCUAGCCUGAGAGCCAGCACUCUGGGGCACUGUGGUGGUGGGGUGGGAAAAGGAAGGAGAGCUGGUAAGUAUGUCUCUGGAAUUUGAAUUCCACCUCCAAUUCCCUUCUGGCUCCCUGUCAACUGAGCUGUCAGAUUUCUGCCAAUCAGCACGAAUGUAAACAAACAUUGAAAAACAUGUGCCAAGGGCAAUGAUGUCAUCACUAAUGUCAUCUUGGUCAAUCAGCAUUUCUUUCGCAUCAACUUUUUCGAUGCAGAUAUUCAAAUUCCAAAGACGUAGUUGCAAGUUCUCCUUGCUUUUCCCACCCAUCUGCCAGAGGACCCUAGAGAGCUUGCUCGAGGGCUGACUGUUUUCUAAAACAGGUACAUGCACCUCGAACAGUGGCACAACAUUGCUUAACACUUAUUUUUUCAUUAUCAAUUAUUGAAUUGAAUGAGGCUGAGUAUGAUCUAAAGAAUAAUGCAGAUUGAGGUGGGUUUUGGCUGAGGCAGAUAACACCCUCUGAGAUCGCCAUAAUUUUUCACAUCAUGCGAAAGCUAUAUCCAGUAACUGUUAUAAUAUUCAUUAUAACAUUAUGAUAUUCAUAGUUUAAAAACAAUCUAAACAUGCCUACCUUGUUCGAUAUGCAAUUUCAUUUCAUCAUCUUCAAUUGCCUGUUUCUUGGCAAGUUCAAGAGAUAAAGGGAUGUUUGGUUCAAUAGAUACCUUUCAAAGGUAGUCAUACUUAUUCAUAACCCUUACCACUUUUGUUAAGGUUUUGUGUUAACUUUUACCAUGUAGGGGUGGAGCAGUGCCUAUACAGUAGAAGCUGUUAUCAUGCAAAUAGCUGCUACACUUGUGAAAGGAAAAGCAAGGAUUAACUUCCAGGAUAAUAAAAAGGUAAUACUGUAUGCCCAGUAGUCAACUGCAUGCAUAGUAAGCUCUUUGUGAAUGGGCUUUUUGUACUUGCAACACCAUAAGCAUUGCUUAAGGAAUAGUGUCCCAGGGGUUUUAAUAAACAUUGAAGUAGCCGCCAGGUUUGAAUAGAUUAAGCGACUGUGUCAACCAGAGGCUGUUAGUCCCCUUUUUAAGGGCAGGAGGGGGGCCUGGGGGGCAUUGUGCCCCAGAAAAUUGUGAAAUUUCAAACCCUAAAAUGCGAUUUUCAGCGUUCGAUGAACCAAAUUUGAGGACGAAAGAGCGUGUGUUUCAUUGAAGAAAAUGUAGGUUUCAAUUUAUCAGUCACACAAUCAAUUCGUAUAAGCAAUAAACAAAUGAUGAAAACUAAACUACGUACGUAUAUACUUUUGCACGUAAACAAAUUCUGCAUAAACAUCUAAAGAAACUUGUGAAAAAAUAACUGAAAUAAUUUGAUAGCGUUCACAUGACUAAAGUAUAACAUAAAACCAGUGGACCUUUAUGAAAACACAUCAUAAGUACGUUUUCAUUCAAAUUUUAUGAUAUAUUUUUAGUUUACAACGUUAUUCAAACUAGUUGCUUCUUCUUUCUAGAAAAAAGUAGCUGACCUCUAUGAGCAAAGUAGCCGGCACGUUUCGUCAGCCGUCGGUGCUUAUUGAAACCCCUGUGUCCUGUUCUUAAUAUUUUUAUCUUCUAAGCUGUGAGGUGUAUUUCUGAUUUUACUUAACCCUGCCAAUUGUCUUUUUGUUCAUAUUAAGUUUCAACAAAUCAACUCAUAAAUUAUUAUGUCAUGAAAAUAUAGAUAAUUUCUGAAGUCAUUCCGGAUAGCUAAAACUCCAGGCCCUAGGGGCUGGGCUAACUUGUUUUCAAAAACCACAAUAAAAAAUUGCAAUCCGUUUCAAUGUACUUCAAAGUGUCCAUCUGUGCCUCCUUUUGUAUUUGCUGUGGUAACCCUUUAACUGGCAAUCGUACAUACAGUGUAUAUGUACGGAAGGACCCUCUUGGCGUAAUCACUCUCUACAGUUCAGUGAUUUGGCCUGGGCUGCUUCAAUGCUUUUUACAUGAAGUAGUUGUUGUGACUUUCGAGUGGAUUUUGGCAGUAGCUGGCAUCAAGUCUACUGAACUUUUUAACUGUAAAAUUUGAUCCAGUUUUUGUCAUCUGUGGAGCUUUAAGGAAUUGCAUUGAGUGUGAUUCUCUUCACCUGACCUUCAACAUGGAUCAAAACUUGCAAUUCUGAAGAUAAAUGUCCCAGCAAAGGAAAACAAGUUUGUAUGACUAGUAAUGGCGAUUGACUCGAUAGUAUGAAGCAGCUUUGGAAGUCAAGUGCCCUCUGAGAUUUGAAAUUGGAAAUUUGUAAAAUGUUAACAAUUUUAUUGCUUCAUUUAAAAGAGCAUUCCGUGAUAAACAUUUUGAUACAAUUAUAGUUAAUGACCCUAGGAUUUAUAAUAUAGAAGUCGUGAGCAUAUUUUCACAAGACAGUGGCAGUGAAAAAAAUUUCCCCAAAAAUUUGCUGGUUAAAGGCUUGAUUAAUUUAUACCUUCUUUUAAUGUUUUGAGCAUUGCUUUUUAUGUUUCACUCAAUUUGGUGGGAGUUUCCGCAGUUUGAAUUUUGAUAAAUUUUGUUACACCGCCUCUUUAAGUUAAUAAUAUUUUUCCUCACUUUGCUUUAACAGCCUGGUGUCUACAGCCUUGUAAGAGCCCAACAAUCUUUUAAGUCUUUAGUACAGAUCCAUGAAAAAAAUGGUAAGAAUGAUCUUCAAUUUGUAUGUAUACAAUCAUAUGAAAAGAACCUUUUUGUUUGUCCCUGAGAAUACUCAGUUUAGUCCCCUACUUUCCUGUAAGAUCUUCAAGAUCAAGUGCUUACUGUAUGAGGUGGCCAUCUUGGUAUCAAUUGUUUGUGUAACUCGGAGAAGAGUAUCAAAUCUACUAAGGGGUAGGGGGUUGGGUGGGAAGGAAGCAAGAUCCCUAUUUUUCUUGCCUCUCUUCCCCCAUUGCUUGAAACCCUGACACCUGCCUCUGUGUUACUAGCCUGUGUAGCAAGCAUGUCAAUGCAUAUUUGUUGAGAAAGCUAGAACAAGAGGGACUAAAAGAAAAUAAAUGCUUUCCUGCAAGCCCUACAAUUCUUAAAUGAAAAAAAACAAACAAACACACAAGCAAACAAAUUAUUAAACAACCAUUAGUGUUUCACGGUUCAGUUCAUUUGUAGAUUGACAGCUUGUCAACAUGGUAGCCAGGGACAGAUACCAGUUGUUAUAAAUUAAUUUAUUUGGCUUUUUUGUUUUAUUCUCAUUUUUAGGAUGGUAUACUCCACCUAAACAUGAAGGCUGACUUAAAAUAUUAUUGUUAA